UUACCAUCAAUCCACUUCAUCCACAUCUUGCCUCGAAACAAGCAACUCAAAAUAACCCCAAAACAACACUUACCCCCCCCCUCCAAACCUAAAUAUACCCAAGCAAAGACAAAAUGCGCUUCCCCUGGCUCACCCUCGCCGCCCUCACCGCGGUGACGGCGACCGCAGCAGCAGCAGACCUCGGCAUCGAAACCACCCACCCGGUUGAAUGCUCCCGCAAGACCCAGAACGGCGAUACCGUGCACAUGCACUACCGCGGCACGCUGGCGUCUGACGGCUCCGAGUUCGAUGCCAGCUACAAGCGUGGGCAGCCGUUGACGUUUAAGUUGGGGGCUGGACGGGUUAUUAAGGGAUGGGACCAAGGCCUCCUCGACAUGUGCAUCGGUGAGAAGCGGACAUUGACGAUUCCCCCGGAAUAUGGGUACGGGAGUCGCGGCGUGGGGCCGAUCCCCGGCGGCGCGACGUUGAUUUUCGAGACGGAGUUGGUGGGGAUUGAUGGGGUGAAGAAGGAUGAACUGUAAUCUCUUUUCUUACUCGAAGAUGUGGGGUUGAAUACGGUAUGCUGGAUUGGCUUUUGUUGGCUUUCUGGAAAAGGGGACUUGGAAGGAUGUUUGACCCUCUUCUGGGUGGUCUGAUUUUGGGCUGGAUGAGUCUGCGGUGAUUCUGGUUAUUGGAUUGUUGACAAUGGGACCGGGCAAUGUAUAUGGUUUAUGUUUAAGAGGUACAUAGUACAAGGUACUAUUAUUCAAUAUUUUGG